AUGAGGCUAUUCAAUUACUUCUUCCAGUUCCAGGUCGCCAUCGAGUAUUCUCAGUACGCCUUUCUGCGUAGUCUGCACAUCCAGCACAACUUUACAAUCCGAGCGACCGUUCCCCAUGGCUCGCCGGCUUUCGAUCUGAUAGAUGGUAUCACUUUCAACAUGGGGUUCUAUUCCGCAGCGCAGUCAUUGCGACAGAACCUCCAGUCCUGCCUCCAGGAGCUCCAGCGUCUGUUCAUGGAAGGUCGGGCAUGGCCGACCGACAUCGAGGACAGGACAGGGAACAAUUUGCUUCAUGUGGCUACCAGCGCAUGUUGGCAUUUCAUGGCUGAUGAGAUGAAAGAGAUAUACUCGCAAUUUCUUCAAACGUUGGUGGAAUUCGGCGUCCCGUUGAUGGAUUCUAGUUGCUCGAGCGAGACACCGAUCGCCAUUGUCCUGAAAAGAUUGACUCGAAGUCACAAAUCCGACGUCUCCGGCUUUACAGUCGUUACAGGAAUCGUGAAAAGUCUUUUGGACCUCGGUGUUGACGUGCUCGACAUAAUGCCGCUGCAAACAUUUGGGCCCUCGAUUCUUCCAAUAAUCGGGCAUGAGGCGUUUGAUGAGCAAGGAACGAUGGACCAGGGAGAGCUCCCUCGCGCCCUGCUGGAGAAGUGGGAGACUCAGGUGUACGACAUUCUCACACGCAGCGACGCCAAAAGCCACAUCUUGACAAGGGGCAAAGUGGGUGAAACCCCAUUGCACGUUGCAACAUGUUGGCCUCGAGGCAUGGAACUGCUUCUACAGCUAGGUGGGGAUACCGUCACCGGCAUCAUUGACGCCGAGGACGAUAACGGCUCGACGGCGCUGGACUACGCGCUCAAGUUGAACGAGCCAGAAUGUGUCAAUAUGCUUUUGGACUCAUCUGCUGAGAUGGACUUGGAAGUGAUCCAGAACAUCGCGAAAUGGGAAAUGACCUCCGGACAAACGGCCGUCACCCCAAUAUUGGCACAAGCUCUCGUACGGCGUCGCAAGGGGCUGCUUUGCCUUGCGAAAGAACACAUUCAGGGAAACGUUAUUCUCGAUAAUUUGAGCCCUCAGGAAAACAAAUUGCUACAAGAAGACGCAUUCGAAUUGUUACAGGCACUACUCGAGCAGGGAAUCCGUUUGCCCAAAGGGUUCCGAAGUGUUCAGCCAGGUUCGGUCUAUCACUGCGCGUACAUGAACGAUGAGACUGCCGAGUCGUUGUUCAGCGCUGGAUUCAGCCACACAAAUGUCGACUUCCUCGGGUUCACCCCGCUGAUGACAAUAGACCUCGUUGGUCUGAGUCACCGAUACGAGACCAAGAUUAUGUACAGCCACAGUGCGCUUGGACUUGUUGACUGGUUCUUGAACCACGGAGAGGACCUCAGCAGGCCGAUACCAGCAGAUGUCGUUUUCCAAAGCACAGCCAGCGGAGGCGAUAUUUCCCAUGGAGCCUGCUUGGUCCAUCGAAUAUCUAGCGAAAUGGGGCGGAGCAUGCGAUACCAGACAUCCUUUGGAAGUGACCAGCACACCCCGGUCUUACAGAGAGUCCUGACCUCGCCGGUGCUGGACUCUUGCGAGUGUCUCUGUACGCAGCAUGGCUGCUCAGCUGCCUCUAUCCUGUCGCGAGAAGUAUGGAAACUUGCCAAUGGGACCACCGCGCCAGGAGAAUUGUCUGGGUUCAACCGGACAACAUGGCGUAUCGUCGUGGACCUUAUAACGAGCAGACUGUCCGGUCAUCCGAAAGCUCGGCAAUUUGCCUCGGAUUUUAUUCGUGUCAGCACUUUCGAACGGCUCGGGAUGAGCCACACGUGCUGCAGAUUUAUUGAUAAUAGCGGGAAAUACGAGGACUGCGACAACGGAGUGACUUUUGCGAUCUUGAAGGGAGAGUAUAAGAUGAUUGAGGUAAUGGACCGUGAAGAAGUAUCUGAGAUCCAAGAAGAGGAGCGAUACUUGGCUGAAUUGCUGGAGGUACUCGUGGAGGAAUUUGAAGCCAAGUACGAGGAAUUGGGCUGGCCAUUAAGCGACUUCUUCUUGACGUACUGGUGGACUCGUAUGGGCGAGAUUGAGGCCGGGAACAAAGUGUCUGGGGAGGAAUUAGAGGUGCUUAGGGGAACGGGGGUCGUUCUUGAUACAUGA